GUAGCGUUUUAACGGUGAGCUGCACAAUGCAAGCACAUGCAUACACACGCUCGUGCCAAGCAAGAAUUCGCGAAGCACACACCGAUCGUGCCGUGGUCGUGUGCUAAUGCUGCUUUUUUGCGACGCUGUGCUGUGGGUCGCUUCGUGGCGCUGCGGAUUUUUACAAAUUUCCACCUGUGACUCGCGCUUUUCAUUCAUUCGCCAAUAAGCCACCGAAGUGGCAUAUCGCACACGCGGAAAAGCACUCGACGCGCGCGCUGAAUGCUGAACGAAUUGUGAUCCAUGAUAAAUAAGUGCAUACAUAAAUAUUAAAUACUUAAUUGUAACAGUGCGAAUAGAAUGUGUAUAUAUAUUGUUAAUUGAAUUAAGUUGAAGAAGACACAGUAGGAGCAACUAUUUUAAGCAAAUGGCACAAAAUUUAUGCAACAGUUAUUAACUUGCCAGCAAUCAUAAUAAUAAAACUAAUAAGAAAAAGCUAAAUAAGUGAAAAAUUCCAAAAACAAAAAAUAUAAAAACAAAACAAAAACAUCAAAAGCAAUAGCAGCGGCAAUAAAACGCAUAGAGCAAAUUUUAUUAUGUGCAAAAAAGCGGUCAAUUGUAGUAAGAAUAACAACAACAGCAACAAUGGUGAAGAAAACGCAAAUUAACAUCAUCGGCGAGUAAAAAAGCAACAAUUAAACAACACGCUGAACAUUGUUUUGAGGCAAUUUAAAUCAAAGCAAAAAUCAGCCCACAUUUUACGAAGCAAAAAACCAUAUAAAUAAACAAAAAUUACAACAGCAACAAAAGCACAAUAAGGCAAAAAUCCCGAUCUGACAAAAAACUUGCGGCUGACUGCUGGAAAAUCGCAUAAGAAGCUACAACAACACAAAUAACAAUAACAACAAAAAUAACGCUCGCGCAGCUGUUGUGUGCGCACGCCUGCCAGCCCUACGACAGACAGACAGACCAAAAGCAUUAAGCUUGGCUUAGUUACACAGCGGGAGCCUCACGUUCGCUUGCCGAAGUGUUGGCCCACCAACUUGGCUUGAACACCGUGUUUCAACGGCUAAGAAACAGCUGCAAUGCUUACGGAUUAGCUGUGGCAUCAGCUGUUGUUGUUGCUGCUGGUUGAGCUGCCCCCAUUUAUGCCCAGCUCACCACCGAAACACGACGUCACGCUAAGCGCACGCGUUCUUACUGCCUCCGCACUCUUCACUGCAUAUGGCUGUGAUUGUUUUGCUUUCGUUUUUCCGCGCUUCGCGUUUUCUAUUUUCAACGAUUUUUAUAACAGUUUAAGUUUUUUGUUUCGUAUUUUGUGAUAUUUGUUGUUGCUGAAGACUCUUUUAAACGCCAACGCUUGAUGAUGUGCUCACCUAGUGGCUUCGUUUUCAUUUUAAUUGCUACUUUAAUUUGGAAUUGUUUGCAUUUUGAGUGCGCGGUGCACGACAACAACAACAACAAUGCAAGUAGCAGUAUUAGUAGCAACAAUAGUAGCAGCAACACUAACAAAUCUGUUGUGAGCAAUCGCGGUUGGUUCAACAAAAGCACAGCGAGUCACAGUCAUGUCGCCUCCGCCGCCCGUUUUCCCAAUAGCGGAAUGGCAGAUGACAGGAGAAGUAGCAGCAACAGUACCCACAACGCCAGCAACACCAACAGCAACCAAAAUGCGAAUGGUAACGCUCGCGCUGUUGGCGGUCGCCGUCUGCGCAUCGAUAUCACGCGGAAGCACAGCGUUCAUCUGAAUGGUGUCGAGAUUAAGGAAAGUUCACUCGCUGAUCAUUUGGCUGAACAUGAAAAAGAGUUAAUAUUUGGAAAAGAGAAAGAAGGGCGUCCGCUUAAAUUGGUGCAUUUACAACAUCUAACAGAUGCCAGCGACGUCAAUGCAGGAACUUUAGCUGCUGAUUCAGUAACGCCGGCAGCUUUCAUGUCACAAAAAAAGCAACAACCAACGCACAAAUCAUCGCAUCGUGUCAAACGUUCUGACACCAGCGCCACCGCAGAGAGCCAAAGAGCCGACGCGCAACCGCAAUCGGCAGCGAGUGAAGACGUUGUCUCUGUGCAAAUAAAAGACAACGACCAAUCGGUGCACCUACAGCUACGCCAGACACCGAAACUAAUCGACGAUGCUUUUGUAUUCAUCCGACGCUAUGCCAACUCGACACAGUUCAUUGAGGAUUCGCAUAAAUUAGCCGAGCGGUAUGAGCGAUGCUUUUACAGUAAUGAAAAUUCAGCACUUGACCUUUGCGAUGAUGAAAAUGUGCGCGGCGUAUUCCAUCACAACUCCACCAAUUAUAUCAUACAUCCACUGCCAGCACGUUUUGGCAACUCCACCCACGUAAUACUCGAAUCGAAUUAUCACCUGCCGCCCAAAGACACCAGAGAAUCUGCCGUUAUGCCAUUGGCAGCGAGUGUACUCAACGCAAGCGUACAAUUUGAGCCUGAAGAGGAGAGUUUCAACGAGUUGAACGACUUCACGUUAGAGCCCACCGUAAGUGAAUAUACGGCCCGUCCAGUGCGUAAUACCGGCUAUGUGACCUACGAAGAAUUCGCAGAAGACACAACACAUAACUACACAUAUCAUCACAACGGAAGAGGCGAUAAAUUAAAGAAAUAUGUGGAUAUAAAUUUACGUUAUAAGCCACGUUAUCAUCAUCACAACGGCGUGGAACAGCACCAAUUUCAUCGUCAGAAACAUUCGCGCCAACGACAACAUUUACAUGAUCAACAACAAGAAGCACUGGCGUCCAAACAGAAGCCGAAUAAACUGCCACAACGCCAAAGAAAACUAAAAGAACAUCACCAACAUCGUAAACAACAACAAUCGAAAGCAACAUUGCCAACACUGCUUGAGCACAUCGAUUUGAUGCCCAACGACAACAACAAUGACGAAAACAAUAAUAAAAGCAAAAAGCACAAUGAACACGAUGACCAUCAACAGCAUCGACGUCGUCGCCGGCGUCGUAACAUUGCUUCGGGCAGUACGAAGAUACCACAAGAUCUGUACAUUGAGACGGCGAUCUUCGUUGAUCGUGAUCUCUUCCAGCAUAUGUCGAAGAAUUUUCCCGACAAUACCGAAAGUCAAAUGAUACGUUUUGUAUUGGCAAUGAUAAAUGCCGUUCAACUGUUAUAUCACGAUCGUUCGCUGGGGCGUCGCAUUAAUUUCGUGUUGAAACGUUUAGAGAUACUUUACAAUGAUCCGUCUAGUUUACGGCGUUCCGAUGAUAUUGAUACGUAUUUGAGUAAUUUUUGUGAGUGGCAGCAACGUUUAAAUCCGCCGCAGGAUAGUGACACUAUGCAUUAUGAUCAUGCAGUGAUAUUAACAGGUCUUGAUUUGUACGUUGUGGAUAAAGGCGGUAAGAAGAUCAAUCAGGUGGUUGGUCUUGCACCAGUGUCCGGCAUGUGCACGAAUACUUCUUCAUGCACCAUCAACGAGGGCAAACAUUUCGAAAGUGUUUUCGUUGUAGCACACGAGAUCGGCCAUAACCUUGGCAUGCGGCACGAUACAAUAAACGACCGGAAUUGCGAUCCCACACGAUAUAUUAUGUCGCCUACAUUGGGCAGUGGCAAGACGACAUGGUCGGACUGUUCGCGUGAUUAUUUGGAAAAGUUUUUGAGAAAAGGUUUAGGCAGCUGCCUCUUCGAUCACGGUCAAUUUGCCAACAAUUUGGAUCAUUUGGCUGAGGGUAUACUGCCGGGUGAACGUUUUGAUGCCGAUCAGCAGUGUAUGCUUAAAUAUGGACGCCCUUCGAUGCGCGCUAAAAAUCAAAAGCAAGCAGAUAUUUGCACUGAUUUACACUGUCAGCGUGAUCGUUAUACUUGGACAUCGCAUCCGGCUUUGGAGGGCACCACAUGUGGGCCAAAUAUGUGGUGUCGUAGCGGUACUUGUGUAAUACGUCCUGCCUAUGUUGAACCCUAUCACACCCCUAAACUUGUAUCAACUGCUAGUAAAGCGGGUUACGAUAAGUCGAAUUUUCUGGAAUCCAGUAAGAUGGGUCACCUAUUGCACGAAUACAACUAUAAUAAGCCUGUUAGUUGGAGUGAAUGGAGCGAGGUGAGUGACUGUGCCUCUGGCUGUCUUUAUGGACCUUCUCGUCGUCUGCUCGAAGGCAGCACGGGUCUACGAACAUACUCACGUCGAUGUGUUGAUCAUUAUAGACGUUGUCUCGGGCGUGACCAUAAAUACGAGUCUUGCGUAGCCAAAGACUGUUACAGCUUGAAGAUCGUUAUGACAAUUGAAGAAUUCGCUUAUGACAAAUGCAGUCGUGCGCAAAAGUCGGAUGCGGAACUGACGGGCGAGGGUGUGCAAAUAAUUGGAGAUAUUGAGGAGUCUUGCAAAGUUUACUGCCGCUCGAAAACGAAUGGUACCAAAACGCGUCGCUGGACUUUCCCUGACGGUACCACAUGCCGCACAACACUUUACAAAGCCGAAGAUAUAUCAUACUGCAUUGGUGGACGGUGUGAGAAGUUCUCAUGUGACAACUCGACACAAAAUUACUACAAAUUGGAUCCACAUUUUUGUGAGCAACGAAGAACGUCACCAGCACGUGCCGAGGAAUCGGAGAGUCGACGCUACAACACGGUGCAUGGCUCCACUGCUAGUGGCAAUAAUUUAAGUUAUAAUAAAAAUUACCAUAACAGCAAUAACAUACCACAGUACAACAUCUAUGCGCCAACAACAUAUCGUAGCAAAUACGAGAAUGAGGUGGCCAUACGCAGUUUCCAUGGUCAGGAGCGCGAAUCACCCUACAAACGUAAAACGGGCGUCUAUCAACCGUGGAGUAAAUACAAUUAUCCACUGCGCGACUCAGCGCAACCCGUGGCGCAGCCACAGCCGCCGAAGCCGCCACCUCCCGUCUCCGCUUCAUUGGUAGCCCUGGACACGUCAGUAACAGCGGCGGCAGCAGAGCCAGAAUGGAUUGUCAAAUCCGGUUGCCAUUCAAGUUGUAUGGCCAAAUCGAAGGGCAUUCAAGUGGUGACCUCGCGUCGCACCGGUGCCAAUAAUAUACAGUUAUGCACGCAUACCGCCAAGCCUUGUGAACGCUUGCUGUCGGCCACCGAACAUGCGGAACACACAUGCGCGCGCUACAAGCUGAAGGUGCGCGGCCUCUCUGGCUAUGGCACGCAAAUUGCGGCGAGCGUCGAUGAGCCGGAUAGGAGUUGUCGUGUCGGCUGCCAGGAUGAAUCUAUUAAGUAUCGCUUUUAUUUGGUGAACGGGCGGUAUGGGCACUUUCCGCUGGGCACUAAAUGCUCAAAUACGGAGGAGCGAUAUUGCGUCAAUGGCAAGUGCUUGGAAUUUGGGCCAGACAAUAUACCGUUACAGCAGUCGCAUAUCAGUUUGGCCUUAUUUCGCAAUCGGCGCUCACUACCAUCGCUGGAUUUGAUGUCGCAGAGUGAAGUUGCGGAGCCGAAGGUGGAGAGUGUGCGCCAGCGUCGUAGCUAUCUUUACUUUGACCCCGUAAAUAUAACAGAGACAAUCACGCAAGAUUUCAUAAAUACUAUUGUGAAGAGUAUAAUGGACUUUGAGCAGCAGCAUGUCGAGGAUGAAUUACUCAAUCCUGAGCACAUCGAAUUCAAUAAUCCCAUACACAUUGCAACCCAAGUAGAAGCAACAACAGAACUGCAAGCGACUACAUAAAUUCCAAAAAUAUUCUUCCCGAAUUAGCAGCGCCAAAUAUCGAAUUGCUAAUUAUUUGUACCUAGUUAUCUAACUAAUAAUUUAAAACACAUACAUAUACGCAUAUAUUUAUUUUUUAUGUUUCGAUCAGCGAACCAAACGAGGGUCUUUUAUGUGUACGCUAUUGUAGUGAUAUUUUCAUUAGGGGUUUGAAUAAAUCAUAGCUUUCGAAGUGAUCUUAAGUUAAAAACAAAAAACAUUAUUUAUGUACAGAUGAACUUUAUCUGCAUAUAAUAUAAUAUGCUGAUAAAGUAUCUUAUUUCCCGAAUAUGAGUUGUAGAAUAUGUACUAUAUGUAUUUACAAUAAAUAUUAUUAAA